AUGUUCCAGCAUUUUUCAGAGGUUUCAGACCUUGCAACAAUAGCUAUUAGAAUAUUGACGGUUCCAUCAUCAAGUGCAUCUGUUGAACGGGAGUUUUCCUGUCAAUCUCGCAUACAUACCAAGGAUAGAAAUAAACUUUCUAACGAAACUGUUGAGAAGCUGCUUGCCGUAGAAUACAAUUUAAGAUUUCUGGAGCUAGAUGAAGAGGGCAAUAAUUUGACAUCUUCACAAAUCCAAAAGGAUGGAGGGGAGUUGGAUAAUGCCACGUUAGAGGAGGAGGAAAGGGAAUUGGAUACACUCUCAGGCUGUAGCUUUCCAGAGACGAACAGUGUCAAGGGAGUUGAACUGAGUGACUUGGAAACGGAGAUACAAUCGGAGAUUGAAGAUGAAGACGAUGUGCCCCUCGCAGAAAUUAAUGGUACACUGUGUUCAACCGUACAAGAAAAAAUACAAGUAUGGGAACAACACAUGAAAGAACUUUAUAAUGACUAUAGAGAAGAACCAACAGUAAGACCAACGGUUUAUCAAGGACCAGAAAUUCUCAAUAGUGAAGUAUUGCAGGCAAUUAAACAACUUAAAAACAACAAAAGUCCAGGCCCUGACAAUAUAUAUCCAGAAAUACUUAAAUUAAUAUCAGAAGAGAACGUAGAUAUACUGACUAGGCUUUUUAACAAGAUCUAUGAUAGAGGAAAAGUACCUGAUGACUGGCUCCACUCAACUUUUGUACCGCUUCCGAAAAAAAAUCAGCUCGACAUCUCAGUGACUAUAGACUUAUUAGUUUAA